AGAACUGCCUCUGACGAGGACUUUGUGAAUGCUUCAAGAGAUGCCGAGCGCUUGUUUGCGAGAAUAAACUCGCAGCACUUCUCCGUCUUCAAGCAAGCACUAAGUAUGUGCGCCAAGUGGGAAACUCUUCAACCAAAGAUCCAGGCAUUUGAUGCAUCGGCCUUUCGAGAAAAUAUGAGCUUGGCAUUAAAAUCUCUGAAUCUUGCUGUCGAUUCAUGGGACAUGCAACAAGUUGUGGAACUAUUUGCGGGCCUUCUUACACACCUGCAAACUAAGCAACAGGAUCCUGAACAGGAAGACUCGGCAGGCGACCUCAGUGGUUUUCAUAAAGCGUCAGAGUUGCAGGGGGAUGCAGCAGAUGGAGACACGUCGCCAGAAAGCAUUUCUGCUGAUUUCCUUCCGAAGAGGAGCCAGGAUCGGAAUUGGUCAGAGUCAUGGAAAUUGGCUGUUAAAGGUGUUCUUCAGAAACAACGGCGUGAACGAAUACGAGAUAAAGGACUUCAGAAAGUGCAAGCCUAUACCAGAAGAAUCAUUCCGAAGUCAGAAGGCACUAGGGAGCAUCUUCGCAAGAUUUUAAGCGCAAGUUUUCUUUUCGGUGAUCUGGAACCUAGCUUGAGGGAGGAAAUUGUGGAUGCUUUCGAGGACAUCAGAGUAUUAUCCGGACAAAACAUUAUCAAGCAAGGGGAUCCUGCAGACAAUUUUUAUGUCAUUGUAAGUCUUGAAAGGACGUCGGGGAAUUUGACGUUCUUGUCCGGAAGGGGAGAGAAGCACCCGUGCUUGUGACAAGGAAAAGCCCGGGAGAUUUCUUUGGAGAGCUUGCUCUCAUGUAUGACAGCCUCCGGAAUGCGACCGUCAA